UUACUGUUAUAAGUGGCAUACUGAUGGUCAUCCUGUUUGUGUCUGAGCUUAACUACUACCUGACCACAGAAGUACAUGCAGACCUAUUUGUUGACACAUCACGUGGACAAAAGCUCCGGAUUAACAUGGAUGUUACAUUCCCGAGGGUAUCAUGUGCCUUUUUGAGUAUCGAUGCAAUGGAUGUCACAGGAGAAACACAAAUUGAUGUUGACCACAAUAUUUACAAAGAACGGCUUGACCUACAAGGGAAUCCAAUGGAAGACCCUGAAAAAGAAGUCAUUGGUGACAAGUCUGAAGAUAUUAUUGAGUCUCUGAAGCUUACCCUAAAUACAAGCAGAUGUGAAAGUUGCUAUGGAGCAGAAACCUAUAACGGACAGUGCUGUAACACAUGUGAGGAAGUGAGAGAAGCUUACAGGAAGAAGGGAUGGGCAUUCAUAACGCCGGCAGAAAUAGAGCAGUGCAAGCGAGAGGGUUUCACGGAGAAGCUGGAGAAGCAGCAGAAUGAAGGCUGUCAUCUCUAUGGAUAUCUGGAAGUUAAUAAGGUUGCUGGAAACUUCCAUAUAGCACCAGGGAAAAGCUUUCAGCAACAUCAUGUUCAUGUUCAUGACUUGCAGGCAUUUUCAGGUACAAAGUUUAACAUGACCCACUCCAUUAAGCACUUUUCCUUCGGUCAGGACUACCCUGGUCUGCAAAACCCACUAGAUCACCUGGAAGUCGUGGCUCAUAAAGAUCAAAUGAUGUUUCAAUAUUUUGUGAAGAUUGUGCCGACAACAUAUUUAAAUCUGGAUGAAAAAGUUUUGUACACAAAUCAGUACUCAAUUACGACCAAUUCUAAAGUAGUAUCAGCAACGAGUGGGGACCAGGGGCUACCUGGAAUGUUCAUGAUGUAUGAGCUCUCACCUAUGAUGGUUAAAUACACAGAGCAAAAAAGGUCAUUCUUCCAUUUUCUCACAGGAGUUUGUGCAAUCAUUGGAGGAGUGUUCACAGUGGCAGGCCUGGUAGACGCUUUCAUCUUUCAUUCUGCGAAAAUGAUACAGAAGAAAAUAGAUCUCGGGAAAGCCUCUUGAGGUUCGACAUUUGCAUAGCAAUAAAUAGCUUUAUGAGAAGAUUGUUAAAAUUAUUGUUAUUUGUCCUAAAGCUGGAGUUGCGUUAUCUUUUAAGUAAGCUUUGACCAACUAUACCAGAAUAGGUCACUGGUGAAACUGAGAUCUCUAGGUGGUGUAAUCACAAUUGUUACCAAAUCGUCUUCACAGUUAAAUCAUUUAAAUAAUUUUGUGUUUGUGAUUAGUUUUUACCAUUCACACAUGAUGUGUGCCUUGAGUUUCCGAAUAUGGUUUCAUGUUUGUUUAUCAAGGAAAAAUGUUAGAGAAAAACGUGUGGUCAUUGCUGAUCAUUUUAUACAUCUAUUUUCUUCUUCUCUUUAUUCAUCCGACUCCCAUAUUGGUCACUGAAGCGUUUUUCCUCCGCGAGUAUCUAUCUUACCUCUAUUUUAGAGUUGUAUAAAUUUGUUAUUUACAUGCGUAAGAGUUCAAUUUUGUGUAAAAUUCACUCUAACUGAUGACGAAAUACACAUAAUUUUGCUUAGCUGACAAAAUUCCAAGCAAAUCUUCAAGUAACUGAUCUUAUCGCGUAUUUGGCAUCUAGAUGUGAAGGAUAUAGCAAAAUUAAACAAACACCCAUAUAAACAGCUAUUGACCGGUACAGAUAGAUCGAUCUUUGGUUAGGUGAUUAUAAUCAUCUGUAUUGAGCAAUGCGGGACUAAUCCCACAUUCAGUAAAACUUUUCAGUCAAUGUCCAUCAUGUUUGCAAGCUGUGGUGUUUUUAUGGAUUUUUAGCGGCGAGUUACUGGUGAAUUUCGGCUGUUUAUAUAUUUGCUGGACCUUCACCAAAAGUGUUAAAGGAUAGACAUGGCAUGUCAUAAAUCAUAUUACAAAGUUA